GUAUAGUGCAGCGGGAAGGAGAGCGUGUCUGUGACGCCCACUCAGGAACAUUGCUAGCGCUGGAACGUGCAGGAUUCGGGUCACAGGUCUCUAUGCAAGGUGAAGAAAACAAUGAAUGCAGCUGAAUUUCGAGAUGAAGAUGAUGAUAAAGUGAAAGUUGUGACAGUGGAUUCAUCAAGUGAAGAAGUUCGCCUGCGAUGCUUACGCGCACCAUCUGUGGGCAAAGCAGUUCCAGAGUGCACAGUUAACUGUCACUCCAGUAAACGGAAACAAGCUUCUCUUAUGUCUAAUGGGUCCAGUGGUGAAGCAGAAAAUCUUACCACGUUUAAAAAAAAGCGACUCACUCCAGAGGGUCUGCCUACGAGCUUGAAAAACAGGGAUUCUGCAUGCUCUGCCCAGGGAAAUGUUGAGUUGAGUACCAGCUCCGAGUACAGUACUGAAUCUCCAGGUGAAGAAGACACAGUGAGCGACUUUGCCACAUACAAAAAACCUCUGUAUGGAAUUUCACACAAGAUUACAGAGAAAAAAAAUUCUGUUACGUCUGACCUGUUGACAUCUUUUGACAUUUAUGAGAAGGUAAAUCAGUGUAGCCCUUCAGGGAUUCGGAUGUUCAACGAGCUUCGUAAACGUGAAACAGGUUGCAAUUCAGUAACUUCACCAGUCAGUGAGGAGUCAAAUCUUUACACUUUAAUACAAAAAAUGUUUUUCACGCUCAACACGCUCAAUUCCAAUAUGUCUCAGCUUCAUAGUAAAGUUGACCUUUUGUCCCUUGAGGUAAGUAGAAUAAAGAAAAAGGUCAGCCCUAAUGACAUGGUGGCAGAUUUCCAUCCACCUCCUGAGUAUCAGUUAACUAGCACUGAACUUAAACAAGCAAUGGACCAGAGCACUUCAGCUGGUGAUUUGGCAUGUCGCUUGCUGGUUCAACUCUUCCCUGAGCUUUUUGGAAGCAGUGCUUUGUCCAGGAGCUGCGGUACAUGUGGCUUUGUCAACAAGAUUAAAUUGGAAUCCCUUCAUCUCCAGCUCAUAAGAAACUACGUGGAGGCAUGCCAUCCCUCUGUUCAGAACAAUGCUGUUUGGCAGGUUGAGGUUUUGCCUCAAGUAAAUGAUUUCUUCAAUCGUUUUUGGGCUGAGAGAGAUAUGGAAAGCAGCCAUCAUGGUAUGCAGGCCUCCCCUUUCUUUGAAAAUCAACCAUGUCCGAAUUCUCACUUUGUUGACAGUAAAGAGCAGGAGGAAAAUGUUACUUUAGAAAGGGCCAUUCCCAUGGUUUCAGAAUAUGCCAUCAACGUGAAGGACCUCAAUGAAUGUUUAGAAGAGGCUUCUAAUCCAGGAGAAUUUGCAGUCUUUUUGCUUCAUAGAUUAUUUCCAGAGAUAUUUAACCAAAGAAAGCUUGGUGAAAGGAAUUUUGGAGACCCUGAGAAUUUUACUCUAGAUCCUCACCGACUGCAACUAAUCCGCCAGUACACAGAGAUAUACUUUCCAGACAUACAGGAGGAUGAUAUUUGGUUGCAGCAGUGUGUGCAAAGAAUAAAUGAUGAGUUGGAGAGUCUGUUCAUGGAUGGUAGUGAGUGUGAUGACAUGAGAGAUGACUGUUACGAAUCUAAUCUACCCGAUGACCUGUCUAUUGUAAAGGUAGAAGAUGGCACUGAUAAUGACAUGGAAAAACAAGGAAGAAAGUCCAAAAAAAUCUGGCUUGUUCCUUUUGAUUUUGAUAAAAUUGACAUUCCACCCCCAGACUUUGAGGUUCCUUUUCCACAAUUCUUGCUCAGCAAAGAGCAGCUUAAAAAUAUAUAUGAGACGAGCUUGUCUAUUGGUAAUUUUGCCUCACGUCUUCUGGUACAUUUGUUCCCUGAACUUUUCACGCAUGAGAAUUUGAGAAAGCAGUACAACUGCAGUGGUUCACUGGGCAAGAAACCGCUAGACCCAGUUCGCGUAAAACUUAUCCGGCAUUAUGUUCAAACUCUUUACCCCAGGGCAAAAAAUGAUAGAGUUUGGACUUUAGAGUUUGUAGGGAAAUUGGAUGAGAGAUGUCGGCGAAGGGAUACAGAACAAAGGCGAUCUUAUCAGCAGCAGAGAAAGGUAUAUGUGCCCUUGCCUGAGAGAAGAGACUUUGUGCCUUUUGAGUUGACCUCAGAAAGAUACAGAGAUCUUAUUGAAGGACCACCUCUGCCUCCUGAACGCAGCACAAAAGACUUCUGUAAAAUACCACUGGAUAAGAUUGUCAUUCCACCUCCUGAUUUCCCUGUGCCUACUAUAUACCUACUUACUGACAAAGAAAUAAGGGACAUUGUUCAACAAAGUCUUUCUGUUGGAAAUUUUGCUGCCAGGCUAUUGGUGAGACUUUUUCCAGAGCUGUUUACUCCAGAAAAUCUUAGACUGCAAUACAACCACUCAGGUGCAUGCAACAAGAAGCAGCUGGAUCCCAUAAGACUAAGAAUGAUCCGCCACUAUGUGGAAGCAGUAUAUCCUGUAGACAAAAUGGAGGAAGUAUGGCAUUAUGAAUGUAUUCCCAGCAUUGAUGAAAGGUGCAGGCGCCCAAAUAGGAAAAAAUGUGACAUACUUAAGAAGGCUACAAAGAAUCAAAAUAAUAACUGCUGAGCAUUUAGUAAAUGAUAGUAAAUUAUUUUAGUUGUCUUUAUAGAGAUUUAUAGUGCUGCUUUUACCUAUUUUUCUUUUCUAAAUAUUACUUGUAAAAGAAUAUGGAAAAAUAGUUUGUUAGAAUGUGAGACUGACUGCAUAUUUGCACUCCCCUUAAAACAUUUCCUUGUGUUUUAAUAUUAACUGCAUUUCCCUACAGAAGUUUGUUCAAUUUUGUACAUUUCCAAUGGUUUUUUGUUUUAUAGUUUAUUUCAAUAUGCUCAUUGGAUUUCAUUUUUCUAGGUAUACUAUUUUUGCUGCCUGUAAAGUGUUGUGUAACCCAACGUUAGUAAUUGGUUACCGAUAUUUUUGUAAAAGAAAUUGCUGUAGAAUUUCCUACAUAAAAGCAAACAACACUAGUUGGGUAUAGCCUUUUCUUGAACUAAAACCACAUUAAGAGUCAUUUGUUAAACAGUGUAAUCAC